GUUUCGCUGUAAGCAACGACAACACAUCAUGCACAGGCGGGCUGCUUUGGAACUAUCCCGCCGUCACGGUGUCGAAUGGUCGUGCGCAACCGCCCGCAGAAAUGCUGCCUUCGUCCCGGUAGUAGGCUUGGUUCCUCGACGGCAUUUUCGAAUUUCUCCUCUUCGCCUCGAUUCUUCUGAAUCUUCGCCAUCGAACAGUCCCGGUGACCCAGUUGCAGGUACAAGCUCCAGCCCUGCACCUUCAGGGCCGAAAUUCGGUAAUCGUUGGGGAAGCAAAACGCAGAGACCGCUUGGGCUGAGUCCGGCGGAGCAAGCCAUCCGAGACUCAUUAGUCGCAAAGAAGCAACAAGAAGAACAACAACAGCGGAAACAAGUACAGAGACAAGAGCAAGAGCAGCAACGUAAAGAAAGGCAGCAGCAAUCGCAACAACGAUGGAAGGAAGGGCGGUCCCAGGGCCGCAUGGAAGAACAAUGGCCGAGCACGAGAUGGCGUGAUUCCGGCUUCAAGCCCAGGCAAUCCGAUGCCUUCCCCAGGCGGCGUUCGGGUCAUAACAAUGAGGAUAAGGAAAGCCUGUCCCUCCAACCCGACAGAUCACUCGAGGUCAACGUCAACAAGGUGCCCAAGCACAAGCGGUCGACAAGUUGGACAUGCCCGGACUGUCAGACGAGGUGUUACGGACAGCAUACCGUCUGCCCGCACUGCAAAGCAGCCAGACCAAACCUGCACGAGGGGCCGCAACGGCACCGAGCCUCACACCGCCAUCGCCACGCAGACGAGGAAGCAACAAAGAUUCGGAAAUUGGGCCAGUCUGUCUUGUCUGAGAAGGAUGGCGGGAAUGCUGAAGGGCUCCGCCCAAGGGAAGCAGCCUUCAGGGGUUACAUGGCAAGCCAAGGACAAUUUGCCGGCCCACGGCCUGUGUUCGACUCUAAUGUCGAUGAAGAAAUAUCCGCCCAAGAAGCCAGGGAAGCAAGGAAAAAGGAAAUAGAGGCAAGAAAAGAAGAGAGGGAGGCAAAGAAAGAAGGAAGGAAAGCGCAGCAGCAGUCUGAGGAAGACAAGCAGGAAAAGAAGCCUGCUGACCCUUGGACCUGGGAUGCGUCAUCUUUGAAGAAUAUCAAAGUACGUGAAGAUGAAGUCCCAGAAUCGAAGCCAAAACGGAAAGUCAGUCGCAAGCAACGCGAGUCCGGUAGGGAUGAGGAGGAUCUAUUUGACGAGGACGAGGAGUCUCAACGCCGGAAGCGUCGCGAAGAGAAAAAGCGCUUGAAGAAGGAGAAAGCGCGCAAGAAGGGGAUGCAAGCUACUAUCAGCCCUCUCUAUCUCCCCGAGUUCAUUAGCGUCAGCACUCUUGCAGACGUCAUUGGCGUCCGUCCCGCACAGUUUGUUAAACGCAUGGAGGAGAUGGGCUUCGACGACGUUACGUAUGAUCAUGUCCUUGAUGCAGAAACUGCCGGCCUGAUUGCCUCUGAAUACAACUAUGAACCCAUUUUCGAUACUGGCGAGGGUGACUUGACCGCAGCGCCAGAGCCGGAAGAUAAGUCAAAUCUACCUGUCAGGCCCCCGGUCGUGACGAUCAUGGGGCACGUUGACCACGGUAAAACCACCAUCCUAGACUGGCUUCGCAAGUCCUCGAUUGUCGCAACAGAGCACGGAGGUAUCACUCAGCACAUCGGUGCAUUCUCGGUGGCUAUGCCUUCCGGGAAGACCAUCACCUUCUUGGAUACCCCUGGUCACGCUGCUUUCUUGGAUAUGCGCCGUCGUGGUGCGGACGUGACCGACAUUGUGGUCCUUGUGGUUGCGGGGGAUGACAGCGUCAAACCUCAAACGAUUGAGGCGAUUAAGCAUGCCACUUCUGCCAAUGUCCCUAUCAUUGUUGCCAUGAGCAAGAUGGACAAGGAAGGCGUCAAUCCUGACAGGGUCAAACAGGAUCUCUCGAUCCACGGUGUACACGUCGAAGAUUUUGGUGGUGACGUACAAGCAAUCGGUGUGAGUGGAAAGACCGGCCAGGGAAUGCUGGAGCUUGAAGAAGCAAUUAUCACCUUGUCAGAAGUGCUCGACCACCGGGCUGACCCCCAGGGUCACGUCGAAGGAUGGGUUAUCGAGGCCACUACCAAGAGCUAUGGCCGUGUAGCUACCGUACUUGUCCGGCGGGGAACGCUGCGGACCGGAGAUAUCAUUGUUGCUGGCACCACCUGGGCGCGUGUGCGCACACUUCGGAACGAAGCUGGCCAGACAGUUCUCGAAGCCACUCCCGGCAUGCCAGUGGAGGUUGAUGGCUGGCGAGAGCAGCCCUCGGCGGGCACUGAGCUUUUGCAGGCUGACGAUGAGCAGCACGCUAAGAGUGUCGUGGACUACCGGUUGGAACGGGCUGAGACACAGAAACUGAGUGAAGACAUGACCGCCAUCAACGAAGCGCGUCGUGAAAAGCUAGAGAAACGCCGCCAAGAAGAGGCUGGGGCGGACCAGGCCGAGGAGACCGUACAAUCUGGCCCCAAGCCGGUGCAGUUCAUCAUCAAGGCCGACGUUGGUGGCUCGGCAGAGGCCGUUCUCAACUCAGUCACCGCUGUCGGUAACAACGAAGUGUAUGCCAAUGUACUUCGCUCUGAAGUAGGCCCGAUUAGUGAGUUUGACAUUGAGCAUGCGGCCACGGCCAAUGGCCACAUUAUCUCAUUCAACAUGCCCAUCGAGCCUGCGAUCUCACGGAUGGCGGAGAAGCGCGGCGUCAAUAUCAUGAAUCACAACAUCAUCUACAAACUCAUUGAUGACGUCAAGAGCAUUCUGAGUGAGCAGCUGGCACCAAACGUCAGCCAGCGUGUGACAGGAGAAGCAGAGAUCGGACAAAUCUUCGAGAUCACGGUCAAGGGACGUAACAAGACAGCCAUCGCAGGAUGCAAGGUGCGUAAUGGAACGAUCAAUCGGGCCAGGAAGGUUCGCGUGAUCCGAGGUCAGGAGACAAUCUAUGAUGGCUCGAUCACGUCUCUAAAGAACGUCAAGAAGGACGUAACGGAGAUGCGCAAAGACACGGAAUGUGGUAUCGGCUUCGAUGGCUGGACCGACUUUGCCGUUGGCGACCACAUCCAAUGCUAUGAGGAAGUCUUCGAGAAGAGAUACCUGUGA